AAAAAUAUCCAUUGAGGGCGAAAAAUGUUUACAAAAUGCAUUCAUUUCUGCUGUUUAACAAUAAUUCACGUUCUAUUCACCUGUCUUUUAGUUGAAAACAGUCGUGCAUUGGAGCACACGCUGAGUUAUUACGAAGUGCUCCAUAGAGAUGAUGUUAUACAUCGCGUGGUCAAGCGCGGCGUCAAGCAGAGCUCCAACCCCUUCAACACCAUUAAAGAGGUGGAGUUCAAAACGCUGGGCAAGAACUUUCGCCUAAUUUUGCACCCGCAUCGCGAUGUGCUGCACAGCAAAUUCCGAGCAUAUGCGGUAGACGCUGAUGGCAAUGAGACUGUCGUCCAUAUGGACCGUGACAACUUUUAUACGGGCCGGGUCUUUGGCGAGCUGGAUUCUUCAGUGCGUGCGCACAUUGAGGAGGGCACCAUGACAAUGUCCAUACACCUGCCCGACGAAACCUACCACAUAGAGCCUUCCUGGCGCCAUUUGCCUACAGCUAAGCAGCACACAAUGGUGGCCUACAAAUCUUCCGAUGUAAAGCUCAAUCAGAAAGAGCACGGUGCGACACCGAAAACUUGUGGCUAUGUUAAAGAGGGCCUCGAGCUGGAAAGUGCCGAGGACGAACUGGAGGACAACACAAUUCAAGUUAUGCAUUCGCGUUCGAAGCGUCAAUCGGAUCAGUAUGAGUACACGCCAACAAAGACGCGUUGCCCUUUGCUUCUGGUAGCCGACUACCGCUUCUUUCAGGAAAUGGGAGGCGGCAACACCAAGACCACCAUUAACUACUUGAUAAGCCUAAUAGAUCGGGUGCAUAAAAUCUACAAUGACACCGUGUGGCAGGAUCGCUCCGAUCAGGAAGGCUUCAAGGGAAUGGGUUUUGUGAUUAAGAAGAUUGUCGUGCACUCGGAACCGACGCGGCUGCGUGGCGGUGAGGCGCAUUAUAACAUGAUACGCGAGAAGUGGGAUGUUCGUAAUUUGCUGGAGGUCUUUUCACGGGAGUAUAGUCACAAAGACUUCUGCUUAGCUCAUCUCUUUACCGAUCUCAAAUUCGAAGGUGGUAUCUUAGGCUUGGCUUACGUUGGCUCGCCACGUCGCAAUUCCGUUGGCGGUAUUUGCACACCAGAGUACUUCAAAAAUGGUUAUACACUGUAUCUGAACUCAGGGCUAAGCAGUUCCCGAAACCAUUACGGUCAGCGUGUAAUUACACGCGAAGCGGAUCUGGUUACGGCUCACGAAUUCGGACAUAACUGGGGCUCCGAGCACGACCCAGACAUACCGGAGUGCUCACCCAGCGCCUCCCAGGGUGGUAGCUUUCUAAUGUACACCUACUCUGUCAGUGGGUACGAUGUGAAUAAUAAGAAAUUUUCACCUUGCUCUCUUCGCUCCAUUCGGAAAGUUUUGCAAGCAAAGUCCGGACGUUGCUUUUCCGAACCUGAGGAGUCAUUCUGCGGCAAUUUGCGCGUAGAAGGGGACGAGCAAUGCGACGCGGGUCUGCUAGGGACCGAGGACAAUGACGCUUGUUGCGACAAGAACUGCAAGCUGCGUCGCAAUCAGGGGGCCAUGUGCAGCGAUAAGAACUCGCCGUGCUGCCAGAACUGUCAGUUCAUGCCUGUGGGCAUGAAGUGCCGAGAGGCCCAGUACGCUACCUGUGAGCAGGAAGCUCGCUGUACGGGCAGCCAUGCCGAGUGUCCGAAGUCGCCGGCCAUGGCGGAUGGUACAAUUUGCCAGGAGCGCGGUCAAUGCCGCGGCGGCAAGUGCGUGCCUUAUUGCGAGACCCAAGGGUUGCAGAGCUGCAUGUGUGAUAUCAUUGCGGAUGCCUGCAAGCGAUGCUGUCGCAUGAGCAUCAAUGAGACUUGCUUCCCUGUGGAGCCACCUGAUGUACUGCCCGAUGGUACGCCUUGCAUCACAGGCUUUUGCAAUAAGGGCGUUUGCGAGAAGACCAUCCAGGAUGUUGUCGAACGCUUUUGGGACAUCAUUGAGGAGAUAAAUGUCGCAAAAACACUGCGUUUUCUAAAGGAUAACAUUGUCAUGGCUGUUGUCCUUGUUACCGCCAUGUUCUGGAUACCAGUGAGCUGCGUGAUCUCAUAUUUCGAUCGCAAGAAGCUGCGCCACGAAAUAAAACAAAUAGAUUGGAAUCACAAAUUGGAUCUCAUUCACCCGAGCGAUAGAAGACGCGUCAUACACAUACGCGUACCGCGUCAAAAGAUGUCCGUGGCGCGAGCAUGUAACUAGCACAAAAGACGGAGCGGUCAUAGUUUUAUCUUCCGUGAGCAUUCUUCUCAAAACUGCCACAAUUCUUUUGUAUUAAGACAUUUGAAAAUACAUAAAUGAAUAAAAUUCCCUAAAGUACA